AAGGCCUGCAUCAAAUCUGUCAGAGCUCACCUGCCAGCCCAUGCCUACCCUGACCAAGUCAGGAUUAUUAAAAUGUGUAAAGGUUUCCUUUAUUUCUGCUCAGAGUUCAACAAAACCAAGCGGGAAGAGACUGGAAUGAAAUGGUGGUAACGGAGAGCAUUCAGAAUAGGUGUUGUAAGGAACAGAGAAGAGAGGUAUCUGGUUUUAAAAGUGGUUAGGAAGUCACUGCAUUAGAGGAAGGGUAGCUGUUGCAAUCUGAAGGUAUUUCGAGAAGCUGCAUUCACUCCUACAGUACUAGGAGAGGAAAGGUUUUAGGUAGAUAAGCAAACAGGACGUUUUCUUGGUUUAUGCCAGCCCUGAAGCUUCCUGACAGACCUUGCCAGUUGUAAACUGCAGCUGAAAUUAACAUCCUCAAGACAGGAAUGGUGACAACACAUACCCCAGGGUUAGGGCUACUGACUGAUCCAAGUGCUUUUUGGAAUUAUUAACUAUCACUUCAAAAGCUCUACUGCCAGAGAAUUUGAAAUAAACUGUGUAUGACCUUAUUCUGGAGAUACUUACUUAAACCAGAGAAAGGUUUGUCUUCCAAAAAUCUGCAGCUGAAGAACUCUAUUGCUGCUUCUUUUAGCAGCCGAUUAAAAUUAUCACUUAAAGAUGUAACAUAACAGAAUUUCUCUGUAUGCAUGUUGCAGUUCUUGCCCCUUUGAGCAGCAGUGUCAUCAUCUGCAGUACUGAUUCCUGGAAACUUCAGUUGUUAAAUAUAGAGGUUAUGAGAUUUGGGCAGGCAUGAAUAGAUCAUUGAUGGCUCUCGCCCUUCUGCAUAGUAAGCCUUAAGUGUCCAGAAAGAAAAGAAAAUGACUGGUGUACUGUGUGUGCUCAGCAAGGACGUAGCCUUCCCCUCUGCAGUCGGUAGGAGACCAUCCUCAUGCUUUUCUAGCAGCUAGGCAAGAUUUCUAUUUUAGAAAUUUUUCUGUACUACUUGUAACAAGAAGCCAUCUUGUUUUCAUUAGUGAAAGACAGUAACUUUCCUAAAUCCUGAUUAGUAAUAUUUUUUUCUUCUUUCUGAUGUACUGUUCAAAAGACAGCUCGCGGUUUUCUCCAUUUUGGGUAAUGCUUACUGUGCUUGUGAGUUGUAUCAUCCUACUGCCACCGUAAAUUACUGCAUCAAAAAGGAAGCACAGCAAUGACAUAAAUAAGAACAGCAGUGAGCUAGUGUGUUCACCCUCCCAAAAGGUAGAAUGAGCCACUUGUGGGAUAAUUGUGCAUUCACAGAUUGCACACUGCAGGGUACUAUGCUAGAAGCACUGUGGUUGUAAAGGAGAAGUUGCUAGCGGCUGUUCGUUUUCUUCCGUAGCUGAAGACUGGUUGUAGGUGGGUGAAAUAGCAUGGUAGAAAAGCAAAGCAACUCACAUCAGAAUGAGCCUGACUACGGAAAUGCUUUCCUUUUUCUUUCUGUUCAGUGCAGGUUUAAUUCCUUUGCAUUCUGUGACUUUGUCUCUACAGUAUUGGUUAAUUAUGACCCUAAAGGACUGUAAAGUAACAAAGGGAGAAAAAAGUCAAAAUCCUAUCCUUAGUCUUUCAUAUGUUGAGGUUUCUAGUCUAUUAGAGUCUGUGGCCAGGUGCCCUUUUCUGGUAAGGAUAAGGUGCUGAUGAGAGACUACAGACCUGCAACUACAUAAAAUGCUAAGUGCAAAUAGCACUGAAAGAGAAUAAAGCUGCUGGGGAGACUGUAAUGGAUUAUGCUAGGAAACAGUCCUGAAAUCAUGCCAUGCAGUUUUCUAUGAGAGAGAAGUACUAGCAGGGCUGCUCUGAAUGUGGCACAGCGUGUUCUAGUGACUGCUGCAGUGGUGGUGAUGUGAAAGCCCGUGUUCAGCUCAGCAUCACCGAAAUCUUUGGCGAAGCUUUGGAUGACUGAAAUGACAAAGGAGUGAAGCUUAAGUGCAGAACCCUUUUGCCAUUAAGUCCUUCCGCUGAGUAUUUUGCUUCACUCAUUUUGGAGAUGGGCAUGUAAGACUUCUGCUGAAGAGAAAGCUAUGCUACUGUCUGGAUUGUCAGAGUAAAAUACCCUAUCUUGCUGCUGCUUUUUUAAGGAAAACAAAAAGUAUGUGAAUUUAAAUCUUAGAAUUUUGGGAUACCUACUAGUAGUGUAAUAGCUGAUGCAGAUUGCUGUUUGAAGUUUGACACAGGCCCCAGCAAGUAUUGCAGGUAUUCUAAAGCACAUGAAACAUGAAUAUCAGCAUUUGAAAAUACUGUUUUAUGCAUCAAUAGCAAAGUAUAUGACACACAAAAUACAGCAAAUGGAGAGACUAAAUAUUUACAGCAAACAUACCAAAUAUGUAAUUUUUUGAUAAGUGUACGACAGUAUGUUAACAGAAUGUAGUCCUACUUGCAGUGUCCUUAAUCUCUUGAGAAACUUAAGGCUGUGGGGUUAACCUGUAGAGAGGAAUGAUAGUGACUGCUGGGCAGAAAAAUGCAGCAGCUAUCAAAGGGCUUGUUGAUGUGAGACUGGUGACAAAAUUACCAUUGUGUUAUAACAUUAGUCCCUCGGACUUUGGGGGAGAGGGAUAGGAAACUGGCCAGCUGGAAUCAAGUGUACAAAACAUUGUUCAAACCUUGGGCAAAACUCACCACAAUACAAACAGGAGUGCAAUUGGGCUACCUUAUCUUUAGCACAGAGAACUGAAAAUCCAUGAUUUGUCACAUACCUUGUAUCCUUCCCUUUUCUGCAAUGACUUAACAUCUGCCAUUCACACUGAAGAAGGGAAUUGCUGCCAAAUGCCAGAGGAGAUUUGGAAUUUAUGUCAUUGCUUAGCUUCGGUAUUAUUCUGAACUUGAAAAACCAAUAGAGGAACAUUAAAACAGGAAAAUUUGGUUAUCAGUUUAAAUGUAAGAUUUGCAGGUCUUUUAUUGGAGCAAAAGCAGCAUCAACAAUAUAAUUAGAUAAAUUAUUUAGGUAGCUGGCAGUAUUUUCUUUAAAUCUGCUGAUCGCAGUGACAGAGGGGAGCAUGUUUAUCUAGAAUGUUUCAGAAAUGAUGUAGGCAUUAACAAGUAAAUGUGGGUUGUAAUACUUUGAUAUAGAUAGGAGUAGUGAAAGUGUUACAACAAAAAUAAUUAUACUAAUCAGCUCAACUGUAUGUUUUUAAUAGCUCCUUAUAGCCACAAUGGCAACGUCAUCUGAAGAAGUGUUACUGAUUGUAAAGAAGGUGCGUCAGAAGAAGCAGGAUGGAGCUCUGUACCUGAUGGCCGAAAGGAUAGCAUGGGCACCUGAAGGCAAAGACCGAUUCACAGUCAGCCAUAUGUAUGCAGACAUAAAAUGCCAGAAAAUCAGUCCAGAAGGUAAAGCUAAAAUUCAGCUUCAGCUAGUAUUGCAUGCAGGGGACACAACCAACUUUCACUUCUCCAAUGAAAGCACAGCAGUGAAGGAGCGAGACGCAGUAAAGGAUCUUCUCCAGCAACUGUUACCCAAGUUCAAAAGGAAAGCUAAUAAAGAACUUGAGGAGAAGAACAGAAUGCUGCAAGAAGAUCCUGUUUUGUUUCAGCUCUAUAAAGACCUUGUUGUGAGCCAAGUAAUCAGUGCUGAAGAAUUCUGGGCCAACCGUUUAAGCCUGAAUGCAGGGGAUAAUUCUGCGGCACCUAGUAAGCAGGAUGUGGGCAUCUCUGCAGCCUUUCUGGCUGAUGUACGGCCUCAAACAGAUGGCUGCAAUGGUCUGAGGUAUAAUUUGACUUCAGAUAUCAUUGAGUCCAUAUUUCGAACAUAUCCUGCAGUAAAAAUGAAAUAUGCAGAAAAUGUUCCGCAUAAUAUGACAGAGAGGGAAUUCUGGACACGAUUUUUUCAGUCUCACUAUUUCCAUCGGGACAGGCUCAAUACAGGCUCAAAAGACCUCUUUGCAGAAUGUGCCAAACUGGAUGAAAAAGGGUUAAAAACAAUGGUGUCUCAAGGAGUAAAAAACCCCCUGAUAGACUUAACAGCUUUGGAAGAUAAAUCAUUAGAUGAAGGCUAUGGUGUUGCUUCUGUGGCCUCUACAUCAAAUGCCUCAAAAUCUGCUAGAGAAAGUAGCAAUGCUGCCAUUAUAAAACGCUUUAAUCAUCAUAGUGCCAUGGUCCUUGCAGCUGGCCUCAGGAAACAAGAAGCACAAAAUGACCAUUACAGUGAGACCAGCAGUACGGAUGGAAACUCCAGGGAUUCAGAUUUCUUUCAGCCACCAAUGAAAAAGGUGAAACUGCAGGAAUCCAUUGAAUAUGAAGAUUUAGCAAAGAAUAAUAGCAUUAAAACUAUUGCACUAAGCUUAAAGAAGUCUGAUAGGUAUUAUCAUGGUCCAACUCCAAUUCAAUCACAGCAAUAUGCAACCAGUCAGGAUAUAAUUAAUUCUUUUCAUAGUAUUAGGCAAGAAAUGGAAGCAUAUGUACCCAAACUAACUCAGGUUCUUUCAAGUGGUGAUGCUACUAGCACUAUUGCAGUCCUGUCACCUGGAGGAGCACUUAUGCAGGGUGGAACACAGCAAGCCAUAAACCAGAUGGUGCCAAAUGACGUUCAGUCUGAACUAAAACACUUGUACGUGGCAGUAGGGGAACUGCUACGACACUUCUGGUCCUGCUUUCCUGUUAACACACCAUUCCUAGAAGAAAAGGUUGUGAAAAUGAGGAGCAACUUGGAAAGAUUUCAGGUUACAAAACUCUGCCCAUUCCAAGAAAAGAUUCGGAGACAGUAUUUAAGCACAAAUUUGGUAAGUCAUAUAGAAGAGAUGCUGCAGACAGCCUACAAUAAGUUCCACACGUGGCAGUCCCGGCGUAUGCUGAAGAAGACGUGAAAAUGCAUGCUGUACAGGUUUGAGAGCAAAGUCUGCAAUAGGUAUAGGAGUACAACCUAGCAUAUGUGAAGAUCUUAUAGUUGCUGCAGGAAGACCUGCAAGCUGUGGACUUCUGGAAACGAUGCUAACUGAACUUGCACAUUUUUGAAAAAGAACUGAGAUUAAACUUGAAAACUAGGGAGAAAAACAAGGAAGAACCAAAACAGAAGAGCUGAGGCGCAAAAAUAUUUAAAAGACACUGUUUACUGCAGUUACUCAGGAACUGCUUUUGAUUUGCAUAAAGAGCUGCUUUCAGAAAUAAAAAAUUUAAAGAGGGUGUAUUAAUAAAAUCUUUCUGUGUAAUUUUUUUUUUAAUAAGUGUAUGGCACAGGGUAGAACUCAAAAGUUUUUUCUUCACUGGAUUCUGACAUUGAAUUCUGUUUGUACUUUCUGCAACAGUUUAACAAUGAUAUUUUAAAAUAUAGCUGAGACUGUUUUUGCUUCAAACAUCUGGGAGAGUGUAGCUGUCAGAAGACAAGCUUCUACCAUAUGUUUCCCCACUAAUUGGAAGCAAGAGACAUUGCACUGAAAUCUGUUUGUGGUCUGGGGUCCCUAAAGGCACAUGGGGGCAAAUUUUUGCCUGAAGUCUUGGAUUUUUAUGCAGAAUUUUUUUCAGCCAUCAGUUUUGCAUGUUUUCCUUUGAGUGCAAGUGUGUGCUACUGCAGUCUUUUUUUUACGGUGGCAUCUGUUCUGAGGAGAGAAUGCAUUUUUUUAAAAAAAUGAAGUUAAAUAAAGUUUCUUACAAAAGAAGUCAUUUAUUUUCAAUUCUUAAACAUUUUUAGUUUCUUCUCCUGAAUCUGUUUUCCUUCACUCUUCCCUUUUGACUGUUAAACUAUUUUUGGCGAAUUGAUAAUCAUUGCAAAGAGAAAAAUGUGUUAUUUACACAAUGUCCAUAGAUAUUGGGAAUCUGUGCCAUACUUUGUUCCAAAUAGAAUCAAUUCACAGUUUCAGACCAACUUGUCUUGUAUUAAAUGUGACUUAAAUGAAAAGUAAACCUGUUUUCUACAAUAUAUGCAGUUUAAUGACAUCCUUGUAUUUUGUCGUCAUCUUGACUGUACUAAAAGCCCAAUAUGGGCUACCAAACUUUUUUACUUCUGACUAAAGGUGACUGUUAUAAGAUGCAUUUACUACAAAGACAAAUCAGAGAGACAAUAUGUAUUCAAAGCAAGCACAGCAGUGUUCAGUACGGCAGAAGAAAUUCCCAUUAGCCCACAUGAUGGCUUAAUACUAGAUUUUGCCAUCAUUGGUAUGAUGCUAUAACAUGAUAGUAUGAUGUUGGGUGGAUAAUUCUUGCAAAUUCCUACAGAAGAAAAAAUGUAUUUGUAUAGCCAAGUCUGUGCUUGUUCUGUGCUGCUGCUCCAUUUAUGCAAGAGGGGGGGUUUUCUUUAACUGGUGCGUGGAAGUCAGCAGCUUCUUUUUACCCAGUGUUUUUGGAUUUUUGUAUUAUGCUAGUAUUUUGGUAAAAGCUGAGUUUCAGUUAAAUGUCACUGUCUGCACCAGAAUUCUGUUUGGAAAUGUAUGCAUAUUGUUAAACCUAGUUCCCUGUCUGCUUUUGCAGAUAGAUGCAUGAUACCUGCUCUGUGAUGUUAAUGUGGUUCUGCUCCAAGAAAUGACUGGGCUCAACAAGACAGACGCCCAUUAUUUUUGACAGGGUGAAAAUAUCACUAGGAAUAAACAGAAGUAUGUACAGCAUUUGGGGGAUGAGGUGCACGUCUUGUCAAGAGUUACCUCUUGUGAUAAAUAAACUGUUCCUCUAAAAUUUAGACUUAGGGUAUGGCUUUAUUAAGCCUAAUCCUCUUGUAAGUGCAGGCAGCUCCCAGGCAGAAAGGGUAGUUUUGUUGUCCCCCACUCCAAAGCAUUUGAUCUAGCAAUUCUGUGGUCAAAUUUCAACUGUUCAGUGAAAGCUAUAACACCUUUCAUCGUAUCAGAGGGCUAGGUUCAAGAAAAUUUGUCUGAUUUAUAUUCUAACUGUGCCUGAAGCUAUGAACAACACAUUUGAGUAUUAGACUGCACUGAGACUUCAUUGAAAAAAAAAAAAUUAUAGGAGAGUUUUGAAUAUGGAACUAAUUCACCUUGAUUUGAAUCAGUAUUUCGUGUUCCUGGAAAGACUGGGCUAAAUGGAUAGCACAGUGGAAAGUUUCAGUGCAUCACAAGAGCAUUUUACAGUUCAGAGAACUGGUGUUUAUAAUCAUUAUGGGGGAUGGUGUUGCAAUAGCUUUACAGUUAUUACAGCGAUAUCAGGCUAUCAAAAUGUACCUUAAUGAACAGAACCGGGGAGGAAGAGGACUAUGAUACGAAAUUCAAUGGUUUUGCCUGGAGACUGUACAGGCAAGGCUGCUAUGCACUUCAUAUUGCUUUUUCAGGUAUUGUGGCAAUAAGGCACAGGCCCCUCCUGAAGUAAGGGAGGUAAACUAAAUAUUCUUUCUUCUACAUUGUGUUCCCCUUUUCUGUAGCAUGGUCCAAAACCCAGAUUCAUUCCUUAAGUUUUGAAACUGAAUCAUCAUGCAUUAUAUUACUAUUGGAAUCUUUAUACUGACUUGUAUUUUUAAUGAGAAUUCAUAAAACUUGUAUCAUUGGCAUUGAUCUAAGAUUUGUAGAAUAAACCCUACUGAAUUCUAAA